UCCACUUCACUUCCUUUGUCUUUCUGCAAAAAGCGGUUCUUUUUUCGUUUUCGAUUUUGAUCAUAUUCUCCAUUGCCAAAACCUUCAUCAAAAUUAGAAAGCUUCGAUUUUUAUAGUAUUUUGAUUCUAAUGGAUGUGCCUGACGCCAGAAAAGAUCCAGGAAUUGGGAGCAGCAAAGAUAAGUUAUCAGACGAAACUUUACUGAUGGAUAUUGAUGACAUUGACUUUGAUGAUUUCGAUGAUAUGCUGAAUUCUGUCACCCUACAAGAAUUGGGUGAAGAUUUUUUGAAGAAAUUUUGCAAGAAGGCAGCAACUGCCUUCUUUGAACAGUAUGGUCUAAUUAGUCAUCAGAUUAAUUCAUACAACAAUUUUGUCAAGUAUGGGAUCCAACAAAUGUUUGACUCUGUUGGAGAGAUUGUGGUUGAGCCAGGGUUUGACCCUUCCAAGAGAGGUGACGGCGAAUGGAAAUAUGCCUCCAUAAAGUUUGGCAAGGUCAUCCUUGAUAAGCCAGACUUUUGGACAGGCGACAAGUUCUUUGGAGAUGGUGGAAAAGAGUACCUGAAGUUUCUUCCUUGUCAUGCUAGGCUUCAGAGCAUGACUUAUUCCGCUAGGAUAAAAGUGGAGACUCAUGUUCAGGUUUACACCAAGAAGCUUCUAGCAAGUGACAAGGCAAAAACUGGAAGGGCAGUACAUAUAGAGAAUGAGUGUGAGAAGGAGGAGAAGAGAGAGGUCAUAAUAGGGAGGCUUCCUGUUAUGGUGAGAUCCGACUUAUGUUGGAUGAAUGGAGUUGAAAAGGAUGAUUGCGAAUUUGACCAUGGUGGUUACUUUAUUAUAAAGGGUGCUGAAAAGACAUUUGUUGCACAGGAGCAAAUUUGCUUGACAAGACUUUGGCUCUCAUGUGUCCCGUGCUGGACUGUUUCUUACCGUCCGGUUGCAAGAAGGAAGAGAGUCUAUCUGAAGCUAGUUGAUGAAUCAAAAUUUGCAAAUCUCAUCGGAGGACAAAGGGUUCUUUCUGUUUAUUUUGUCAUUGCCGAAAUGCCUGUAUGGAUACUAUUUUUCGCCCUUGGUGCAUCUUCUGAUAGAGAGGUGGUAGAUUUGAUUGAUCUGAACAUUGAAGACACCAAGAUUGCUAAUAUACUAACUGGCUCGAUUUAUUAUGCUGAUACUAAAUUUGAGGAUGCUGAUCUUAAAUGUAAAGGAGGCUUCCGUAAAGGCAGGAAUGCUCUAGACUAUGUUCAGAUGCUUCUGAAUAACUGCAAAUACCCUCCUGCUGAGUCCGUGGAAGAAUGCAUCAGCAAUCUACUGUUUCCAAAUUUAACUGGAUUCAAACAGAAAGCCUGCUUCCUUGGGUAUAUGGUGAAGUGUCUGUUGGAAGCCUAUACUGGGCGAAGAAAAGUUGACAACCGGGAUGACUUCAGAAACAAGAGAUUGGAGUUGGCUUCUGAGCUACUGGAGAGGGAGCUGAAAGUACACCUCAAGCAUGUUGAGAGGUGUAUGGUUAAGGCUAUGCAAAGAGAUCUCUAUGGAGAUCGUAGCCUGCAGAGCAUUGAACAUUAUCUGGAUGCAUCAAUCAUUUCAAAUGGUCUCUCAAGGGCAUUUUCAACGGGAGCAUGGUCCCAUCCUUAUAAGAAGGAAAGGGUUUCUGGAGUUGUAGCAUCCCUUCGGCGAACAAAUCCAUUGCAGAUGACUGCUGACAUGAGGAAAACACGGCAGCAGGUUUCAUACAUCGGAAAAGUUGGUGAUGCUAGAUAUCCGCACUGUUCACACUGGGGAAAGAUAUGCUUCCUCUCUACUCCAGAUGGAGAAAAUUGUGGGUUGGUUAAAAACUUGGCCAGCUUGGGUCUUGUCAGCACAAAAGUGUUGGAACCUCUUAUUGAAAGAUUGCUCAAUUGUGGUCUGAAACAAUUGGUAGAUCAUGCUUCAUCAUUGGUACAUGGAGAGCACAAGAUAUUUUUGGAUGGGGAUUGGAUUGGAACAUGCAAGGAUUCUGCUUUUUUUGUAGCAGAAUUAAGGAGUAAGCGUCGGAACAAGGAGAUCCCACCACAGGUGGAAAUUAAAAGAGAUGAACAUCAUGGAGAAAUUCGUAUAUUUUCUGAUGCUGGAAGGGUUCUUCGUCCUCUCCUAGUAGUUGAGAAUCUGAAAAAGAUCAAAGAUUUGAAAGGGGAAAACUAUUCAUUUCAGUCUCUUUUGGACAAAGGAAUAAUUGAACUUAUUGGACCUGAAGAGGAAGAAGAUUGUCCAACUGCUUGGGCAAUUGACUAUCUGUAUACUGGAAACAGAGAGAACCCUUCCAUGAAAUACACACAUUGUGAACUGGACAUGUCAUUUUUACUUGGUCUAAGCUGUGGAAUAAUCCCAUAUGCAAACCACGAUCACGCACGAAGGGUCCUGUACCAAUCUGAGAAGCACUCUCAGCAGGCCAUUGGGUUUUCCACCACAAACCCAAGUAUCAGGGUUGAUACAAAUAUUCAUCAAUUGUAUUAUCCUUGCUUCUCUACUGCUAAGAAUGAGUACGGUUUUCAGGUUCGUUCUCCAAGUCUGGGUGACAAAUUUUCAAGCAUGCAUGGACAGAAGGGUGUUCUGGGUUUCCUGGAAUCCCAGGAGAAUUUUCCGUUUACUGCACAAGGGAUAGUUCCAGAUAUUGUGAUUAAUCCACAUGCAUUUCCUUCAAGGCAAACUCCUGGACAACUGUUAGAGGCUGCUUUGGCUAAGGGAAUUGCUCUAGGAGGUGUGCAGAAAUAUGCCACACCUUUUUCUGCUUUAUCUGUUGAUGCUGUAACAGACCAACUCCACAGGCUUGGAUUUUCAAGGUGGGGAAAUGAAAGAGUGUACAGUGGUCGAACAGGUGAAAUGAUUCAUUCCAUGGUUUUCAUGGGUCCAACGUUCUAUCAGCGCCUUAUUCAUAUGGCUGAAGAUAAAGUCAAAUUUCGAAAUACUGGACCCGUCCAUCCACUCACUCGUCAGCCGGUGGCAGACAGGAAGCGAUUUGGUGGGAUAAAAUUUGGUGAGAUGGAGCGAGAUUGCCUUAUAGCCCAUGGUGCUGCAUCCAAUCUGCAUGAACGCCUCUUCACUCUCAGCGAUUCCUCAGAGAUGCAUAUCUGUCGCAAAUGCAAGAGUAUGGCAAACGUAAUCCAAAGGUCAGUGUUUGGUGGGCGGAAGAUUCGUGGCCCUUUUUGCCGGUUCUGUGAGUCUGCUGAAGACAUUGUUAAGGUGAAUGUGCCUUACGGCGCCAAGUUGCUCAGCCAGGAGCUUUUCAGCAUGGGCAUAUCUCUGAAGUUUGAUGCCGAGUUGUGUUGAGCUCUAUCCAUUGUCUUCUAGGUCCUGUAAAAGUUCACGAAUUUCUGUAAAUUUUUCAGUUUCAGAUCAAGGGUAAGGUGCAAUAUCACAGCUUUUGGAUGAAAAAUUUUGUACAUAGACUGAGAGAAGUACUUCCUCUCCCAAGCACAAGCAAGCACUCAUGUUCUGAUUUAGAAAAAUUGGUAGUAAAACAAAAAAGGUGCAGUCCGGAUAAGCAAUUUCCUUCUGUAAUUGCUAGUCUGCAGUUGUGCUAUUA